AUGGCAUUGAAGGUGUCGGGAGCUCACAAAGGCAAGCCAGACGGAAUGUUGAAGAAAGUUCAAAGACCUUAUCCUGACUUUGAUUCGAUAUCAGAACGUGUUCCGUACACAUAUGUAAGCUCGAGUUCUACGCCUGCAUGGGAUUUUCCCAUCACUGGCCAUCAUCGUGCUAUUCGGCCCGACCCGAGAUUUACGGCAUUUGGUGGGAUGGAGUCCAUCUCGGCCCAGUCUGGUGAGGUCGUGCUGGAAGACGAAGAUGGACCCAAAGAGUGGAUGGCCCAAGUUGAACCGGGUGUUCAGAUUACAUUCGUGUCUCUACCUCGUGGAGGGAAUGAUCUUAAACGAAUCCGUUUCAGCCGGGAGAUGUUCAACAAAUGGGAAGCUCAAAGAUGGUGGGGCGAAAAUUACGACCGGAUCAUGGAACUCUACAAUGUCCAAAGAUUCAACCAGCAAGCUCCCAACACUCCCGGAAGAUCCGAUGAUGGCAGAGACUCAACCUACUCCCGGCUGGGCUCGACAAGGGAAAGCCCCUGGAUGAGUACGCCCACACCAGUCAACAAUCACAAAGAGUGGGGCCCACGGUACAAGCCAUCUGAAAAUGUUGGCGGGCAGAUGUCGUCUUCGCAGCAGCACACGGUUGAGGGAGAACAAGAGAUGAGGAAGAGAUCGACCAGGAAAUCAUCUGCCGCGGCGCUUCUAGCAUCACCUCCGGCGCCUCCGUCCGCCGCAGCGCCUAGGAAAAGGAGCCCCUCUCUGUCGCCGGCGGAGUCUCCCGCAGUCAAAUUCGACUUCAAUCUGGACGGACUUGCCGAAAUCGCCUCUGCUCUGAAGAAGAAGAAGAGCAACAAAAAUGGCAGCGCAGUCGCGUCGAAUUCCAAGCGGAUGCAGCCUACAGGAUUUUCUACCUCGCCGCCGAGAUCGCUGAAGAGCGUGAACACGAUUUCUGAUCUGAAGGAUCUCGCAUCCUCUAAUCUGGAAUCUAUCAAGCGUCAGCUGGAGCUGUCGCAUUCUGAGAUUCUGAAGGAUAUUGAGGCGUCUGAGUCUCGUCUUCAGAAGCGCUUCAAGAUUCAGACUCAAGCAUGUCAGCACGUGAUUGAUGAGGCAGAGAAAGAAUAUAAGAAGAUUUCUGCACGAAUCAAUGAAGGUAGAGAAGCAAUGAAGGAUUCAUAUGAGGAGUUUAUAGCGGAAGCACAGACCACUGCAUCUCGCCAGUCGAUUUGGGAUCUCAUCAAAUGCUGCUUGAAGUUGCUGAAAGUUCUUAGGAUUCACUUUCGUGAAGCGGUACACAUGUAUAGAGAAGCCCACCAAGAGUCUGUUGCUGCAAAUUUCAUGCAAUUCUGA